AAUCAUAUGUUCCAUCUAGGUUAGAAAUGUGUAAAAUGUUUUGUAAGUUAGGCUUAAUUCUAGUGCUAUAAUUAUGUUUUGUUAUGAGAAAGUGGAUUUUGUGAGUUUCAAUAGCCUAUUAGUAAGAAAAGCAUAAAUUGCAAGUAUUGUAAGUUCAUUGAGAAGAGAAAAAGCAGAAAUAAAAGAAGAUAAUCUUUUUUGAAAAAUCAAUUCCAAUAUUCAAGGGGAAUCAAAUUAAUACAAGAAUAUUCGUUGGUUUACUUACCUAAUGUAAUCGUCAACAAAAAAGCCACAAAUAGAAACAUUUCGUAUUGAAUCAUGCCUAAAGCUUGCUGCAUACGAGAGAUUGAAAAGGAUUUCGGAUACAGAAGUGGCGUUUUGGUUGGAAACUGGAUUGAUAAACAAGAUAACUUCAAAAAUCAGAAAAUUAAAGCUUCACCAACACCAUUAUCAGUUUACAAGGAAGAUUUCAAGAUGAAUUUUAGAAUGCCAGACAGACUACAAAUGUAUAAGAAUUUGAAACAUAACUGGGGAGAUCCUCGGUUGAGAUUAUGUGUACCAGAUGAAGCAGAUGACGAUAAAGAAAACUAUUGCGAUGGUUUCGUCACCCUCAAUGAUCUUGUCUACCACCAUCACAUCAAAGAUACUGUAAAUGCUGAAUAUGGGAAUUUGACAAGAACUGGAUUGAAGGAUGAGAAGAAGAAGGAAUGGACGGAUCAGAAGCGACUUGAUACUUAUGAAACGUCUUAUAGAGUUCAAUAUCAUGACUACCCUAGAGAGUGUUUACAAAUCGAGCAUGUGAGAGAGCAUAGGUGUAAAAGACAGAGACACAAUCAUAAGAGAAAUAGAAUGUGUUGCUUUAUGCCUCAUGCUCCCAAAAACAUACUCCCAUCUCUCUGAUGAACAAAAUAUUGAAACUGGAUUCACAAUCUUACAGAUAAUAAUGCUGUAUUUCACCAAAGAAAGAUUAGAACAACCAUUUCUCCUCAA